CUGGAACCUUCUUCACACCGAAAUUUUCAACCUCAUCUCCUCCAUCUUCCCAUCGCCAGAGGAGCCUUCUGUCCUCCCUCAACAACGCUUUGAUGCGACUAAAUGCAUUGUGUGUUGCUAUACAUCGUUACUGGCAUCAUUUGGAUUCGCCAUAGCAUCUCAAUUAGUAGCCUAGCUUUCUGCAACCUGUUUGCAGACAUCAAUACGGAACUUUGUCGCAUUUUCUCAUUGAAUUCACGUUUCCUAUGUUUCGUCAACGAUUCACUGCGCGUGACAAGACUCGGAAAGAGAGCAAGCAUCGUUCAAUACCACUCUUUCAGACUGACCUCACAGCAUAGAACAGUUUUUGAGCCUACGGAGAUUCAGUCUGACUUCAUUGCCAAGGCUUAUAUGUUCCCAUUUGAAACAUCACGGCAUUAUUCCCGGGGCAAAGACUGGUUUUCUAGCACAGCCGGGCUGUUCCCACAUAAGAAACGGCAUCUGGUAAAGGUUUGAGGAUAUGUGGGGCAAUGCUGCAGAUCUAUUCAAGCAUUGUCAUCCUCAUGCUUUGUCAGACUCCGUUUACCUUCACUAAACUGCCAUUUACAUGCCAUCUACUCUUAGCUGAUACUGUGACAUACUUGAAACUCCUUUGCCAACACUCUGGCCCUUACCCCUUUCCUUCUGGAUUGGACCAUACCAUGGUAUAGGCCUAUUUUGGUGCAAAGGAGAGGAAAUCAGACCUACUACUCACCGCGGCAUCCUGUCCUUCGGGCGUGGGUGCAGUGGUCCAUCUUUUACGGUCUACAUGCCACCUUCAUGCAUUUUCUGCAGCUGGCGAUCUGAUGUUAGCAAUGCUGACAGGCAUGCGGCACAGCUGCACGGCAUAGGCGAAGGAUGCCUUGACAGCCCAUGGGGACCGAUACCGUUUCAGGCUUAUUCGAUCUAUCAGCUAUAUAUAAACACAACUCCAAACCAAUCUAAGCAUUCCAUCGUCUUUUCUCUCAG